AUGGAAGAAUUUCUACACGGCUAUCCUCUCGAUUGCGCUAGGAGGGACAUCCGGCUGUUGACGAUUUUACCCGCUUGGAAGUCCGAAGCUCCUAUGAGAUGUUCUCUGCGGGUUGCAUCAUUGGACACUUUCCCUGAAUACGAGGCCAUCUCGUAUGUAUGGGGUGACAUUCGAGAGAGGAAUGAUAUCCUACUGGACGGGCAAACAAUUCCAGUCCCAAGGAAUGUCCGCCGAAUCUUGCAAAGACUCCGCUUCUGCAUGAAGCGACGUGUUAUAUGGAUCGACUUUGUCUGCAUUAAUCAAGACGAUGUGGCAGAGAAGAACAGCCAGGUUCCCUUGAUGAGUGUAAUAUAUGCCAAUGCUACAUCUAUACUCGCAAUCAUCAGCUUGGAUAACCUCUGUGACAAUGCAGCAGACGCCAUGAAGUGGCGGGAUAUGUCCGACGUGGAGAGUCGGAAAUGGAAAGACGCAUGCUGGAACAUUCUCGAUUUUGAUCACCAUUUUUGGCUCGCGGAGUACUGGACGCGAAUGUGGACAUUUCAAGAAUAUCGAUUGUCACGAAGGAAGCCACCAAUCUGCAUAUGUGGCGAUGUAGAAUUCCCUGCCAAAACUGAGUUCGAUCGUUUUUGGACAUGCUACGAAGCAACAGACCAACUUUUUAAGAUGCAUUCUAAGGUUAUAACCGGGAGACGGAUGCGAUUAGAAGACCACUACGUAGAGAUGAAAGCACACAGGAAAGACCUCCUGGAGGAAACAAGCAGCCGCAAGUGUCAAAAUCUCAAAGACAAAAUAUAUGCCUUAUAUGGUCUUCUUCCAUCAUUGCAGAGGGAAUAUCCGCCGGAUUAUAACAAGUCCCUGUGCCAAAUUAUUUUUGAAACAGCAAAGCACCUUCUGCAAGAGAGAUUCGAAAAUAUCGUUAUGCUAGAUCGGUUCUGCCUGCGGAAGGAUCGGCUGGAGAACGUUUCAAUUCCUUCUUGGGUGCCGGAUCUCACAACGACAGUUAAGGUGUCCACGGCCAAUGAAUGGGCUUCUUACUCUAAAAGGCUUUCACCCUGCGGUGAUAUCCAACCAGUAUGGCAGCCACGGUGCGAUCCUGUCACGGAAGAUCCUUCUGUCCUACGAAUAUCAGGGCGUCUGAUUGGAAAAUGCAGAUCAAUGUUUCAGUUUGCAUCCGACGUGAAGAGCGUCCUGGCCCAAAUGAAGGGGGUAAUUAAAAUACACGGCGAUGGGCGCCAUGUGUGGGAUAAUGUCUGGGAGCCUGAGAACAUCCCACACAGAUUCCUUCGAGCAUGCGGUGUUUUUUCGAACUACAGCCAUGCCGUAUUUGAUAUCAACCACCCGAAAUUUUCCUUGACAAGGUUGCGCACCGUAUUCGAGACAUUGGACUUGAUCCACCAAGAUGCUGACACAAUCCUGGAGACCUUCGCCGAAGCGGGGUUUAAAUUCCUGGGAGACCUGGAGCCGAGACUAUAUGGCAUCAAGGUUUUUACGAUCCAUCAUGCAUCCUUUAUCGGCUUUGGCCUCAGUGAACACAGCGUGGAAGACAACGAUCAGGUGAUCGUUAGCGUUUGUCAGCUUCGGAUACCCAUGGUACUGAGACAAAGCUGUGGUGACCAAUACGGUCUAACUCAUAUUCUCGUCAUAUAUGCACAAUGCCAUUCGAGGAGGUUCUUUUAA